CCUAUAUCCUCCACUGGGUUUGUUUCAGUUGUUUUCCAACAAGCAAGGCGAGUCGUUUACUCAUCAAGAUUUACUUUUUUUCCCAAGUUGUAAAUCCAAAUGGUUACAUCAAGAUGACAGAUAGUCGUAACGAAACUCCUCACCGAUUCUGGUAAAUCGGUUGCAUCACACAACUUUGACCGUGUCCCUCAUGAUUUUCAUAAAAGGACUCGAGAAUUAUCCUGCAAAAUACAAAAUAGUGAUUCAGUGAUUUUACUUUCGAGAUAAAUAAACUUUUUUCUUCUAAUUUAAGUGAAUUUACAAAAAAAAAAGGAAAAAAUGGGUAUUUGUUUUUCCUGCUGUAGACCGAAACGCGAUAGUGCUCGUGAAAAAUCGCCCUUGGAAUUAGAUUUUUGCGAUUAUGUAAAACAAUAUCUAUCAGUGGGGACUUUAUUUCGGAAACUCUUUGGAAAAAACGAAAAAAUAUUAGAUAAACCAAAAGAUGAGGAUUACAGAUCGACAGUUCUGACAGUGGAUGCUCUGGAUCCAUUGAUUGUGGAAAAUGGCAGUGCUCACAGAACAUCGAAAUACGAAAUAAUGAAUCGCGUUGGAAAGGAGGCGCUACUCGUGGUCCGAAGGGGUCAAGAAUUUUACAUAAAUCUCACACUAUCGAGAAAUUACGAUCCGAUAAAUGAUGGAAUAUCGUUAGUAUUUAAAUUGGACGGCGCCUCACAUACAACAAGUGGUCAGAGGACAUUAGUGGCAAUUCCAGUUCUGGGGAGAAAUGAAACAUCAAGUGAUACCACCUGGCAAGCAACUGUCGCAGAAUCACAUGAAAAUGAAAUCAAAAUCAAGAUAAAAACGAGUCCAGAUGCAAUUAUUGGAAAAUGGAAAAUUGAAAUUGACACGAGAAAUAAAGAUUCUGGUGGUGCUAUAAGUUCCAACGUAAAUGAACCUUUUUAUCUACUCUUUAAUCCAUGGUGUACAGAGGAUGCCGUUUACUUGCCCCUUGAGAAAGAACGAGCCGAAUACGUUUUAAUGGAUUCGGGAUUAAUUUGGAGAGGUACUCACAACAGUAUGUCGUCCACUGCCUGGAAAUAUGCUCAAUUUGACGAGAAUAUUCUUGAAUGUGCAUUAUAUUUAAUGCAAAACGUUGGAGGAGUCAGACCAGCUUCGAGAAAUGAUCCAGUUAUCGUAACCAGAUGUCUUUCGGCCGCCAUAAAUGCAAACGACGACAACGGUGUAGUGACUGGUAAUUGGUCGGAGGACUUUAAGGACGGAACGGAACCAACGAAAUGGUUGGGAUCGAGAAAAAUUUUGCAGGAAUAUUUCAAAACAAAAAGGUCCGUAAAAUACGGUCAAUGCUGGGUGUUUGCCGGCGUUUUAGCAACAAUUUGUCGAACUCUCGGCAUUCCCUGUCGAGUGGUGACAAAUUACCUCAGUGCACAUGACACCGAAAAUAGUUUAACAGUCGAUUACUUUGUCGAUGAGGAGGGAAAAAUAAUGAAGGAACUUGCCAGCGAUUCCGUUUGGAAUUAUCACGUAUGGAAUGAGGUGUGGAUGAAGAGACUAGAUUUAGGUACAAAAUAUUCAGGUUGGCAAGCGAUUGAUGCCACGCCACAGGAAUUAAGUUCCGAUGUUUAUCGUUGUGGUCCAGCUUCAGUCUAUGCAGUGAAAAAUGGAGAAAUCCUUAAACCCUGCGAUACUGCUUUCCUCUUUGCCGAAGUUAAUGCUGAUACGGUUUAUUGGCGUUACAAUGGACCCUCGCAACCUGUUAAACUUGUCAGCAGAAAUAUUAACUCAAUUGGACAAUUCAUCAGUACAAAAGCUGUUGGUAAAUGGGAACGAGAAGACAUAACCGACAAUUAUAAACAUCCAGAAAAGACGACAGAAGAAAGAGACAUCAUGCUGAAGGCGUUGCGUCAAAGCGAAAGCUCCUUUAGUCGUUACUAUUUGAACGAAGAUUUCAACGAUGUUAAAUUUAAUUUCGAUCUACAUGAUGAUAUUAUAAUUGGACAACCUUUCCGAGUUCGAAUGAAAGUCGAGAAUAUCAGCAGUGACGAGGACUAUCGUGUGAAUUUAAUUUUACGAGUGGACGUUGUAUCCCAUAGAGGAAUAGUUGGAAGAGAUGUGAAAAAAAUUAAAAUCGACGAUAUGCUAAUGAAACCAAAUCAGGAUGAGACAAUUGAUUUGCCCGUUACUUGGGAGGAAUAUUCUCCACAUUUACAAAACGACACGAAUUUCCAAAUUUCAUGUUUAGCAACAAUUGAUGAAACAAAUUAUGAAUAUUACGCCCAAGAUGAUGUGGCAGUGAAGAAACCGGAUAUCAUCGUCAGGAUACUAAGCGAUCCAAAAGUUGGUUACGAGCUCCAAGCCUCGGCUGAAUUUUCCAAUCCACUGCCAAUUUCAUUGAAGAAAGGAAAGUUCAUCAUUGACGGUCCGGGACUUGCGGAACAAUUGAAAUUAGUUUUAUCAGAUCCCGUACGGCCGGGACAACUUGCCAAAUGUUCCUUCUCAAUGAUGCCAAAUCAUUCGGGAAAAGCCACAAUAGUUGUCAAAUUUUAUUCCAAAGAAUUGUCGGAUGUCGACGGUUUCAAGGAAUUCAUGGUGAAAUCUGUAAAUUCGUAUUAUCGAAAUAAUUAUUAGCCAUCAGAAGAAAUUAGUAAUUGUUUUAAAUAAUUAAAAAAAUCAGAGAAUUGUGUGCCUCGCUCUAUACACUGAUUAAGAAGGAAAAUAAUUUUAAUAAAUAAUUUUUCCUUUCUUUCGGCGUAUACUUAAAAAAAACAUAGACCAAUUGUAUUCAAAACUAAAAUUCUAAUAUAAUAAUAUUAUUUAUAUUGUCUAGAAAGAAUUUGUAUUUUAUAGACCAAAGUUUCAUUUUAAGACACAGAUUUGUUAAAAUGUCAAAAGAUCUCAAACGUU